AUGAGCAGAGAUACAGGCCGCCGCUUCUACCCAGUUGCGCUGGAACCAUCUGUUUCUGCUUCUCUCGGAGCAGCUUCACACUCUGGACCUGGCGACGCAAGUGCCCGCUCAUCUCUUCCUAGCUAUGUGGCCUUGAACUUCAACUUCAAGCCAGAUUCUACCAUCGACUGCAAAAGGGGAGCCCUGUUCCAGCCUGGUCCAAGCCGCAACGUCAAUGCUGACUGGCAACUGGAGCUUGAGUCGACAGAAAUGGUAGGCGAAUCUGGCUCCAGCUCUACAACAGAUAACAUCAGUGCAUCAAAGAAGAAGCAUGCACAUGUUUUCACUGGGCCACAAACUCUUGCCAAAGCAUACGACCUUGUUCUAGUAUGGGACGAAACAGCUAGGAUCUACCGUAUGGACCGUAUCGCUUCCACCUUUUCGCUCAAGUACGAACGAUCAAAGACAACUCUCAGCACAAACGGUCAGGACGUGUGGAAGAGUGAUGCGGUGAAACCAAGCAAGCGCUCGAUCUCUGGUGGCUCAGAUAUACGUCCAGCUGCUGAAUGGCAAGAGGGGACAGGUCGAACAGCUAGCACCCAUAAUCCGGAUUCCAAUAGUCACUCAGUCGAGGCAACGCCGACUCUUUCCAACGGUAGGAAACCAGGAGAGCUGAAGUUGCGGAGUAAGGCAAGUCCCAUUGUGGCGCCGGUGCGACGGUCUUCCCGUUUCAGCUUGGCAGUGGAGAUGGAGGAAUUCGACGAUCACUCCGAGUCGCCUGCGGAGACCUCAAAGGCGUCGGCGAACAGGUCAAAGCGCAGCCAUACGUCACAGGAGACCGAAGUGCGUAACAAGGAAGAAAGCAAGAAGGUCAAGCUGCCAGCCUCGGCCAUCAAGGAUCUCGGCGUGAGCGAUGAGCCUGCCGCCGGGCUGCGUCGAAGUCGGCGUCGUUCCAGUCAGGCUCAAGGCGAUGCGCAAUCCUCUCCUCAUGACCAUUCCGCGGCAGAAGGGCUGUCCUCCACAGUCAAAACAGACGCAGCUAAGAGUGCAGACGGGGACGACGAUGAACUGGCGCUGGAGUUGGAGCGCGAGUUGCAACGCGAACUCGAAGUCGAGAUGCAAGACGCCAAUGAGGCGGAACAACAGGCGCGUUCAAGUGAGGAUUCUACCAUCAAGGUGGCAAAGUCAACAUCGAACCGAUCCCUCUCUCCAGUCUCUAGACUCAAGCGCGGAGAAAUGCGAAUGAAGAUAAGCACGCCGAAGGCACACAGCCCUGAAUUAGACAACACGCCUGGCUACCCGUCGUCGUCACGAUCGGAAGCUUUCAAACGGUCCAUCUCGCCGUCGACAGGGCGUUCGAGUCCUACUGAUGCCGGACACGCGUCCAACUCGGCGUCCAUCGGUCUGGGCUUGCACCUGACAGGAGUCGGCAUCACACCUACAGCGUCACCAAGUCUGGACGUAGACAGCCCUGUCGACCCGUCCAAAUCACCUCUCGCAUUCGAGAUAGCCGCAGCGCCGGCGCCGGCAUCCAAAGCAUCAAGCAAAGACGAUGAAGCGGAAGAAGGAGAAGAAGAAGACGACGACGAUGAUCUGCAGGACUUUGCAGCUGAGCUCGACCUGAGUCUAGCCGAAGUCCCGGAUGCAUCUUGCUUAGUUCCGCCGACUGUCGUGGAGAAGAGGCGAAGCUCCCGAGCCUCCACUGCAGCUCAGAGCACAGCGGGUGCAGGAACGAGGCAGGUUCGCAAAGCGUAUGGACUGGGUGGGCCACGUCAGGAAGAGGAAGAGCUAGAGGACAGUGAUUGA